GUAUAAUACGACGUAAAGAGCAAUUCGGGGCCAGACACAAUGUAGAGGUCAGCGUUAAAGUUGUCAAGAAGAAGGUCAUCUAGGCCAGCUAUAUGAAAAAAAAGAAUCGGUUCUUUGUUUCUCACGAAGCUCUGCUGCGGACAAAUGAGGUCUCCGAUCGAAGAUGGUUUCUGGAGGUGGUUAGUCGGUUUUCCCGCGGGCGCGCCGGACUUGCGAUCGUGGCAGUUCUGGUGGCACUAUGCCGUCUUUAGUCCUUACAAUCCUGUUGCAUUUCCGUUCUACCAUCUCUGUCACAGCGUCGUGCCGUUUCUGUAACAUCCUUUGUUUGUUUGCUUUUUCUUCAUCCUCGAGAACAAGUAAAAGAGCUUCCUUGCUAAAAAGAUCACGGAAAGGUCAUAUCAUACACCGUAUUGACCGUUGCUGUACUAAUGCUGCUGGCAGCACCGUUUUGUGUCAACUUGGUCUUCGACCAUAUGGUCAAAAAUCUAUGAUUGUAUCACAGGCUCGACAACCGCCUUCUCGAUUUAUCGCAGCCAUUCUGUUUGCGGCAACUCGGACUUCAUCAGUAUCUGGAGUAUAUCCGACCCGCUUGGUUCAAAUUGCAACGCUUGACUUUCGGCGCCUGGUGCCGAACGGAAGUUGAUUACGUCGACUUUUCACUCACUGCGACUGCACCAGCAUCCGGAACAAAGGACGAUCCCACGAACAACAAUUGCUCGUUUAGCGGCCUCACCACCAACUACACUUCUUUCAAGCAUUCAGUAAAGCUCUUUCUGCAAGCGCAGCUUGAAAGUUGGCUCACGUACUUUCUGUCGCACAGCACCGCACCCGUUGGCUCGUUCCCAGGUACUGAUCUCCCGCUAGGCCAAGAUGUGGAAAGUGCACAUGGCGGCGGUCAACAGAAAAAUCUAGAGUCGCUUCCAAUCUACCCGCGUCACCUUCGGUCGGUGCAUUUUCUGGGACCAAAACAGCAGGGGAAAGUCCGUAUCUGUGUGGUAUCCGACACGCAUGAACACUUUCCGGAGAUUCCGCAGGACAAAGACAUCGAUCUCCUCCUGCAUUGUGGCGAUUUCUUCUACGACUCGAGGCUCUACGCGGAUGGCAGCGACGAGCUGCAAGCGAGAAUUUGUGAGGAAAAAGCCACGGCACUCCAGGAAUGGUGGUUUAGCCUCCCGGUCGGGUACAAGUUCGCCAUUAUAUCCUGUGCAAAAGUAUCGACGUACUCGUAUAAACGCAUUACAAAUUCCCUCAGCGUGAGAAAUGAAAUUUGUAAUGCGGAUUUGACUUUCUUGAGAGAGAAAUUUGUAAUGCAUGACUGCGAUUACUACGGUACGAGUACGAUACUUGUUUUGCACAUGAUACAUUGGUGGAAAUCACGACGAUGUUCUAGCGACGCAGCUGACGGGCGCCGGCAAGCAGAAAACGAGACAAUCCCAAUCCGACAGUUUUGGCAAAAGCGACGAGCAUCUCCAGUUUCUUCCGUUGUUGUCUUUUGUCUCCACUUCGGUUCCGGUGCACGGUCAAGAACGGCAGGCACCACUACGAAACGCCUCCGGCGCCAAGCCGGCGACCAUCGUCGAAAUCUACGGCGCAGAAGCGAAUCUGGGAACCAGUUUCAAUCGGGUGGGCCAAGACCCAGAAAGCUGGAAUGAGAAUGAGUUUCUAAAUAAAAAGGACGAGCAGGAUAGUACAACAGCAGGAAUCGAGGCUGCGCCCAGUAUACCGGGUAGUGUGGGGGCACACGGAACAAGAUCUGACUCACGUAACGAGAACGUUGACAUCCUCAUGACCCAUUGCUGGAAUCUUGGGGGAAAGUUCAACAAAUUUCUAUCGAGAACUAAACCAAAAAUCCACCUCGUUGGCCAUCGACAUCAUAAGCGCGGAUGUAGUCUAGUGAAAAUCGGUGAUGAUAUAAGUUGUUUGAAAAUUAAUGCCGCGAAUAUGUUUCUUGCGAGGCCCAGGAUAUGGAUUAUUGACGUGGAUCGGGAUAUGUUUGAGAAAGAAAAUGCCGCGUCCGCAAGAACGACAAAUAAAGUUGAGACAAAUGAAAAGUAAAAUUACACGGGCGUGCUUUUACAACUUCCAACUGCGAAACAAA